AUGGCAGUCUCCGGAGACCAGGAUCCAAAGGGAAAGCGGCGAGGAAGGCACCGGAAGAAAAGAUGGUCGCAGGGAGAAGUGGUGGAUGAGGACAUUGACAAGAAUGCCUCUCGUUUGCGGACCAUGUAUAAGCGUCCGCGGUUCAACUGGAAGGAGGUGUCCAAGGAUGAUCUUCGCACUGCCAGUCUACGGGGCGACCAGCCCGCGAUCGGAAAUGGCCAGGUGUGGCUGUCCAAGUUCCUGUCGCAUUCCGGCGUGUGCUCCCGACGCCGAGUCACGGAGCUGGUCUUGCAAGGUCGAAUUACCGUCAACAACGAGGUCGUCAAGGACCCAGUGAUCAAAGUCGAUCCGAAGAAGGAUUCCAUUGCUGUGGACGGCAAGGAGCAGAAACUGCGGACGCUGGACGAGCUGGUCUGGGUGAUGCUCCACAAACCCAAGGACACGCUGGUGACCCUGGAGGACCCACAGGGCCGCAAGACCAUCGCCGAUCUGGUGCCGUUCGCACGAGAUCGUCGAUUAGUGCCGGUCGGGCGACUCGAGCGGAAUAGCACUGGCCUGGUGCUGCUCACGAACGACUAUGAGUGGGCCACAUAUUUGACACACCCGCGCUACGAGAUCACGCGACGAUACAGAGUAGUGGUCUACGAGGGGGCCCCGGAUAGCCAGAAGAUGCAGGCCUUGAGUCGUGGGCUUCGCCUGCCGGAUCAGCGACGGCCGUGCCUUCCUCUGGAAGAGCUGGAGGUUCUGGAGCACGACCGCGUCAACGGCAUCGCAGCCCUGUCGUUUACCAUGAAGGAGGGUCAGUACCGACAGAUUCUGCGGAUGUUCGAGUACAUCGGUCACCCCUUGCGGGCUGUGAAGAGAACAGCGAUCGGCCUGGUACGCCUGGAUAAGGAGCUCAAGGCUGGCUCAUACAGAAUGCUCACUCCGAAGGAAAUUCGGAGGCUCAAGGGCUCCACCAUUCUCAAGCGACCGGAUGGCGAUCCCUUGUCAAGGCAGGCGAAGAUGCAGAAAGCCUUCUCAGGCAUGGAGGGCGAAAUCGACGCCUCGGAGUUGGAAGGUUUCACGCCCCUCCGCGAGGACUCCCGCGAGAGGAGGCGGAACGGGCGGAAAGGCCGCAGGGAGAGACCCAUGCAAGGCCUUCCACCAGGCAUGGAUGAGGACAGCGAACCCCAGCCGGCUUCCUUGGAGGACCUCAAGGCUUUCCAGAGCAACUUCUCGGAGCUCGAAGAGGCAGAUGAAGUCGAGCAGGACUGGGAAGCCGAUUGGAUCCAGCAGCUGGAUGAGAUGACCGCAGCGGGCAAGCGAUGA